UUUUCAAAAUACAAUUUUUUAUAAUAUGUUUUUAUAAUAAUUGUUCUAGUUUGAAUUUUUUACUUUUAUUAUUUAAUUUCUUCUUUUGUUUUUACUCAUAUCCGGUUAAAUAUCUCACUUGUGCAUUUUAUAUUUUAUGUAUAUAUGAAGGAAUAUAUUGAAAAGUAUGUGCCAUUUAAUAAUUUUCUAUAUUAUUUAAAAAUAUUCAGUGUAUAAUUAAAAGUUGAAACUGAAACUAUGGCAAUCAGUGAUUUUACAAUAGCUGUGGUUUGUUCAAGUAACAUGAAUCGAAGUAUGGAAGCACAUGCGUUUUUAAGUAAAAAAGGUUUUAAUGUUCGAUCAUUUGGAACUGGAGACAAGGUGAAGUUACCCGGAACAGCACCAGACAAGCCAAAUAUUUAUGAUUUUGGAUGUUCUUAUGAUGAAAUUUAUAGAGAUCUAUACAAUAAAGAUAAAACAUUUUAUACGCAAAAUGGUUUGUUAAAUAUGUUAGAUAGAAAUCGGCGGAUAAAGCAACAUCCAGAAAGAUUUCAACUAAGCAAUGAACAAUUUACUGUAGUCAUUACGUGUGAAGAGAGAGUAUAUGAUCAAGUACUUGAAUAUUUUGAAACUAUUCAAAGUUUUGGAAAUAAGCCAGUUCAUGUAAUCAACAUUAAUAUUCAAGAUAAUCAUGAAGAAGCAACGCUUGGAGCAUUUCUAAUUUGUGAAUUUGUGAAUUUGUUGUCCAGAACUGAAGAUCUUGACAAUGAUAUCGAUCAACUAGUUGUUAAAUAUGAAGAAAAAUGUCAAAGACCACUACUCAAUUGUGUACUUUUCUAUUAAGUAUUAAGUGAUUAAAUAAAAAAUUGUGAAUAUUAUUAAUUCUUUAACUAAGUGAUGGCAUUAUUUGAAUCAAUAGUUUGUUAUGUCAUAUUUUGCAAAUACAAUUUGUAUCAUAAAUUAUUAUUUAUAAUGUAUACUACUUUAUUUUAUUGAUAAAGCAAUAAAUGAGCUUAGUUGAUGUUUA